CCUUCUCUCCUACUGUCGGCGGUGGCGGUAGAGUACCCGUAUAACACCAAUCCACCAUUUCCAUAUUCCCCCGAGUCUUCAUGGAAAUGUGCGUUGCAAGGAAACGCGAUGCGCAUGGGAGGGAAUAACAUCACGCUGGAUUGAUAUCCGUACGUGGCUCACGCAAGGUGCAUGUCAGCGAGGGAGACAGUGCACUUGUCAAGCCGGAUUUUUAAUAUAUUUUGUGGCAGAACAUCGCGGAUUAUUUUACAGAGUUAAAUUCUGCGGAUAGCCUAAAAUCUAGGAAUUUACACGGCCUCCUAAACUACUGUCUCAUAAAGCUUGGUCCUGACCAGUGGAUGAGAGGAUGGGGCCGUGUCUAGCCUCGCUCUGAAGAGGUCAGGGAUGUAAGAAAAGAUCCAAACACCAUGGGUGAUAAUGUGUGAGGGCUGAGAGCAUGUACAGGAGGAAUGGGCUCCCCGCCAGCGUCAGCAUCACCUCCGCCUCUCCAGACGACAGCAGCAGUUCUGAGUCUCUGGAUGGGCGGAGUCUGGACUCGUCUAAAAGUUAUGACGCUGUUGUGUUUGACGUGCUGAAAGUGACUCCUGAGGAGUUUGCUAGCCAGAUUACUCUGAUGGACGCCCCAGUGUUCAAGGCCAUCCAGCCAGAGGAGCUGGCCAGCUGUGAAUGGAAUAAAAGAGAGAAGCACAUCCUGGCUCCUAACGUGGUUGCCUUCACACGCAGGUUCAACCAGGUGAGCUUUUGGGUGGUGAGGGAGAUUCUGACCAUUCAGACGUUGAAGAUCCGAGCGGAAAUUCUCAGUCAUUUCAUCAAGAUUGCCAAGAAACUCCUGGAGCUAAAUAACCUUCAUUCUCUGGUUGCCGUGGUGUCAGCCCUUCAGAGUGCUCCCAUCUUCAGACUCAGCAAGACAUGGGCGCUGGUUAGUCGUAAGGACAAGGCCACGUUUGAGAAGCUGGACUUCCUAACAUCUAAGGAGGAAAACUACACGCGCAUGAGAGAGCACAUAAGAUCACUAAAGAUGGCUCCCUGCACACCAUACCUAGGGAUCUACCUGUUUGAUAUGACCUACAUCGACUCGGCCUAUCCAGCGUCCGAUAGCAUCAUGGAGACCGAGCAGAGGUCCAAUCAGAUGAACAACCUGCUGCGGGUCAUCUCCGACCUACAGGUGUCCUGUAACUACGAACACUUGCUGACCCUUCCGCAUGUGCAGAAGUAUCUGAUGUCUGUGCACUACAUCGAGGAGCUGCAGAAGUUUGUGGAGGAUGACAACUACAAGCUCUCUCUGAAAAUCGAGCCUGGGAACAGCUCUCCGCGCCUGGUGUCGUCCAAAGAGGACCUUGGAGGACCCUCGGAGGUGAGUGCGUCUGUGAGGUUCUCCCGACGACCCACCUGCCCAGACACCUCAGUGGGGGCACGCCUGCCCACCCCACCCCCGGCACGCCACCGCAAGAGCCACAGCCUGGGGAACAACAUCAGCCAAUUUGGAGUAUCGGAGAGCAAGAGUGCCAUCUUCCCAGCGGAGAAACCACGCCACCUGCUGGACGACAGUUUUCUGGAGUCGCACAGUCCUGUCCGCAACCACACACAUGACUCAGUCUUCACCAACGGGGUCUCGCUAGGCAGUAGGGACAGCUCCUUCAGUGAUGAACUGACUUCUGGUAUGGAGAGGGGCCGUAUGUACGCCACCCUGGGCCCCAACUGGAGGGUUCCAGUCCGUACUUCUCCGCGGAGUCGAAGUUACAUUUACAGUAGGCCGUCUGGGGCUGUGUCCAGUUACGAGUGCAGUGCACUCUGCAGCGUCACCAUGGAGGGACCCCUGCGGGCAAGCAAGACUUGCUUUAAGGGAGGGCGAAACCCGUCACGAUAUGCCAUGCCAACCCAAACCUACGUACAUAUGCCAACCGCUAAAACCUGGCCCUCCAGACGUAUCCCCAUGCCAACCCCAAGAAACCCAUCAGUGCUAUGCCAACCGCAAACCUACGACGCGCUGUCCUCCUGGACACGGCGGUUGCCUCCCCUGUCCGGCACAAGACCUCCGCUCACUCCUCUUCGAGGCCUAAAGCUGAGGGCCCGAGGAGACACGCGGAGGCUUUUGGAGGAACUGCAGUACAAGUCGACACCCUGUAAGAAGAUCAUUUUGACCGGGUGGAUAGCCGUGCUUCCAGACGAUCCCGACCAUCCCAACAUUUUCCAGUUGAACGACCCUGAUAAAGGAAAUGUUUACAAGUUCCAGACGGGGUCACGCUUCUCUGCCAUCAUCUGGCACAAGCACCUGGAGGAGGCCUGUCGGAGCAGCCGUCCUCAGGCCCCUGCCAACCUCAUGUCAUUUGAGUAGCUGCCAGAAGAGGGUGCUAUUGAGCAUGACGCGUCAGCCUCCAUCAGCAGUAACAGCAGUGAUGUGGAGGAUCCACUCUGCAGUUGGUGGCCCAUCAGGCCUUGCGUUCUUGCGAGAGGUCCUGCCUUUGCUUUACAAAGCCAAGAGAACACUGAGACUCUGGACCCGAGUCUGAGGCAUCCCAGCAGGCCUUUCCCAGCUCCUGGACAUGGAGGAGUGUGUCUCUCUCGCUGGGCAAGCUGGUGUGUGUGUGUGUGUUGUGUGUGUGUUGUGUGCGCCACGUCCAGUUGACGUGCAAAUUAGUAUACAGCACCGGAGACUCCUGUGUACAUUACACACACACACACACACACACACACACACACAAACACACGCAUACUGCCCACGUCAAGCAUGAUUGUAAAUAAACUGUACAUAUCAUUCCAAAUGUUGUCUAAUUUAAUAUUUCUUGUAAAACAAGUGCCAACUGAUGAUGUGUUCAUGUUAUUCAGAUAUUCAUCUUAAAUAUUGAAUGGUAGUGACUGCACUCACACACACACACACACACACACACACACACACACACACACACACACACACAUUGUGGUGUGGCCUCAUGUGACAAGAAGACUGAAGCUACAUGUGUGUAAAUGACAGCAUCUUUUGGUUUAAGUGUGUGACUGAGACUGACUGUUUUCCAAUGAUUAGUAUUUGUGUCCUGGAUUUGAUAGUAUUUGUGGUGGUCUAACUGUUGAUGAAGUUGUAGUGUAGUGUUCCUAUCAUAUCAAAUACUUUCUUCACAGUGUGACAAUACACACACACACACACACACAUACACACAGUAACAUUGUGAAGUGUGAAAGCGUAACGAGCCAUACAGAAGUGAAAGACUGAGUUUUGUAUUUGUAAAUAAAUCAUUAGCUUUUGUUUUUCAGUACUGUAAGACAGUAUGACCUCACUUGAGUGAGACGUGUACCUGCACUCCACCUACACCAAGUAUUUCCACAGGUAUCCUCCUGUACCCCACCCCCAACACACACACACACUAACACACACACACAGAGAUUGGGACAGUUUGGUCACUGGAGCACUGUACAUAACUCCUGUAUGAAACCUGUAUGGCCCUGUAUGGUGUGUGUUUACUCUCAAAAAUGUCAUUUGAAAAUGGACCAGAGAUGGACUGCUGAACAGUCUGCCUGUGUGAUUUUGAUCUGUUUGUUUAUUUGUUUGUUAUUAUUAUUAUUUUUAAUACCACAUGUGUCAUGAAUGCUGUAAUAUCUACCAUAAAUGGGUGACCUCA